GCGUCAUUCAUCAAUAUGAACAAUCGUCAUUAGAUCAGGCUAUCGAACAAUCAAAUACAUUGACACCUUUAUAUACCUCUGCAAUUUGAAAAUCGUUUUACAAAUGAUUUUUUCUAGGAAUUUCCAAGCAAAUGAUUGAUUUUUAUUCCGUUGUUGGGUCCGCGACUCCUCUGGACGUGCAUGAGGCCCCCAUCAUGGCCGCAGGAACCGUAAUGCAUUAUGCGCAAUAAAUAUCACGCGAACAAUGCGUAUAUCGUAUCAUCAACUAUUGUGAUACCUGGGAGGCGGGUAUCGAACCCGAACGUUGAGGGGACGAUGCAUGACGACCGGAAGUUGAAACCGGAACUACAGAGACUCGAUGACGCGCAUAUUAUACCAUUAGAUCAUACCUCACAUUGCAGUAUCGACGCUCCUAGCAGCAGCAAUGAAAUUGAUCGAAACUAGAAUAUAGUACAAAUAUAGUGUUUGUUGCGGCAGAAGAUUCGAAUAUUCAAAGUGUAAAAUCAUUGUAUCCGAAGAAACUGCUGGAAACAAGUUUAUCGUGAUCUCUGAAGCACCUGCAAAGUAACAAUCAUGCAAUUCAAGGCACAAUAAAAAUAGUGAUUCAAAGCAAAGCUUCAUCUGUCGUUAGAACGAAAAUGAAAUACCUACUGUUACUAAUUUGUUUGUCUCGGGUAUUUGGUGCAAAAUGGUGGCCGAGCGGACAAGAACCGAUGUUAGGCGAGCAAGUAGAUCUCGUGAACGCGGGUGGUGAUUUGCGGAUUGAAAAAUCGACCCCGAAUUGGAUUGGCCAAGGCUUAUCUCCGAUUGGGGAUUUCGGGGGGCCAGGGCCCGACGAAGUAGAUCCUUUCGAGGAUCCGCUGAAUCCGACAAUUCCUAGUAUCAAUCCUGUGACUCCAGCUUCAGUGACCCAAGACCCUACGGCAAUCAGGGACAGGGAACCACUCGACGAAGUCGAACAUAUUCAACCUAAACAGUGGUCGAAUGGACAGGGUCAAGGUUUCCAAACCACAACGCAAUUUUCUAUACCCAGAAGAAAUCAAAACCCAACGACACUCGCGCGAAGGAAUCCUUCCACCCAGAGGUAUCCACCGGUGACGGUAGCACCUCCGGUAACCGCUUCGGUGGACGAGGUAUUUUGUGAUUUUGGUCCGCUUCCUGUCCAAUCGUUGUGCGAAUGGCAAAAUGGCGAUGGCGCUUUGGAAUGGAAAGCUGGUACAGGCCUUGGAACGAACUGGCUCGGUGGUCCACCGAGUGAUUCGACCGCAGGAACUAUGGAGGGUGGCUAUGCUUUUAUCGAGUCAUCGGAGAUGCCGGCCAAAGAUUCGAAGCCCAGAAGUCCGGGAGGACUUCUUCACAGCCCUCAAUUAGGAAGCACCGGGGUGGCUGGGACUUGUUUCACCUUCAAAUACGCCAUGGAUGGACUCAGUUCGGCAGGACUUAGAGUUCUACUGCACAUGGGCGUCGAUGGUUAUUCGAUUAGAAAAGAAACUCAGCGCGGAGAAAACGAUAUAGAUGACGACAAUUCAACAAUUAUCGAACCGCCGAGACCGCAGACUACCAAUAUCGCCGACGAGAGGGUUCUUUGGCACGCGCAAUAUUACACACUCGGUGUAUGGCAGCAAGCUCAGAUCCUUUACACCUUUCCCGAUAUUCAUUCGUUGAUCUUGGAAGCGGUUCCAGUCGACGUCGGAGAUCCUUCGAGACUUUACCGUGGCUACAUUGCCGUCGAUGACAUCGAUUUACAACCUGGUACCUCCUGCGUUGGUUUCUGCAAUUUCGCCGGCGGUUUUUGCGACUGGAGUAACGACGCGGAGGACGACUUUGACUGGACAAUUAGUCGGGGGAGCGCGAACCCAACGACUGGACCGGCAAUGGACAGUUCAACCGAUAGGGCAACGGCGGGUGGUUACGCGUACAUCGAUUCGAGUUUUCCCCGGAAACCCGGUGACGUCGCGAAACUCCUGAGCACGAGUUUUCCAGCAACCACAGCCGACUCACCGAUGUGCAUGCAUUUCUGGUUUCACAUGUUUGGUUCGGGCAUCGGGCACCUGAAAGUAUUUGUGCGACAUUUCCGGAGCCUCGACGCCCACCUCCAGGAGAUUUGGGGGCUCAGCGGUAACGCUGGAAACGCGUGGUUCAUGUCAGAGGUCACCAUAAGCUCGCUGGACGACUAUCAAAUAAUGUUCGAAGCCUCGGUAGGAAACACGGCGAUGGGGGAUAUCGCCAUUGACGACGUAGCGUUCACGCCAGGCGCUUGUCCAGUAUCUCCUCAAGUGGCAGCGCCGAGUGUUCGCGACUGCACUUUCGAGGUGGACGAAUGCGACUGGAUCAAUUCGCGGGAUCCCGACAGGGUCGAAUGGGAACGCGUUUCGACUCAAGCACUGAGUGCUCGAAACCAGCGGAAACCGUACAGCAAUGGUCACACGGUUAGCAGAAGAAACGAGUACUUUCUCGGCCUCGGAAGAUCCAGAGGAGGAGCCAGAAAUGGGGGUGGUGGAACCGCACAGUUGGUUAGCAGAGAGAUGAAGGGUUCCGAAGAUCCUUUUUGCGUCACAUUUUGGUACUUUAUGUUCGAGUCUUUCAUAGACUCGACUGGCCCCAGUUUAGGAGUCCUCAGAGUCUUAAUACAGGCAGUUGGUGAUGCGCCAUCAGAGUCCAGACCGAUUUGGCAACUUUACAACAACCAAGGACCAACUUGGAGUUACGCUCAAGCAAGUAUUGAAGAAAAAAGAAACUUUCAUAUAAUUUUCGAAGGAACUUGGGGUCCGAAUAGAGCGAGCGGUAGUAUGGCGAUCGACGACAUCACUUUCUACGUUGGUAAAUGCACCAUCACUCCACCGAGUGCCGGAGUGAGGCCAGAAGAUUGUAGCUUUGAGAAGGGUCUCUGCGCGUGGGAAAAUAUCACCUCUUCUGGUAACGACAGAACCGUUACAUGGCAGCGCGCGUUCGUUACUCACAGGCCGGCUCAGCUAUUGGAUAAAACCUUCGGAGCUACCGGUGAUUUUGUAUUUUUCGAUAUUUUUACCACCAAUCAAAAACUGAUUGAGGUGCGUUUGCGGUCUCCGAUAAUAAACCCAAAUCCGGACGAAGAAGCGAUAUGCUUCACCUUCUGGUUCGCCGCUUUCGGUGUUGAGGAAUCUACGACGUUAAGAGUUAUCAGGAUGUCAACGGAUAUCGAUGAAAAUAACGACGAUAACGAAAAGGGGAAUGGAAAUGGGAAUGGAAACGAGGGGAAAGAACCGCUCUGGUCCCUCACGGCUAAAGGAUUCAACAACCCUAGACCGGUUUGGACCGCCGCCCAAGUUACUGUUGGAAAUCGUUCGCCCUACAGAUUGGUUCUCGAAGGAACCGCUAGUAACGGGGGAUUUGCGAUCGACGACAUUAAAUUUCAGCCGCAGGCUUGCGCCAUUCGCCCGGCUAGUGCUCUACCAGUUAAGAACGACGACAAUUAGUCGUGAGUUUCGACGCAGCGAAAUUCGAAGAUAAAAUAACCAUACGGGAAAGUAAUUUUGAAAAAAAAGUUAAAAUAAAUCUCAUCAACGCGUCCAGUGCGUAAUGAAUAGAAAAAAAAAUAUUCGAUACUCGUGAUAAUUCCGUCCACGUCGGUAUAUGAUCCUUAACGGUUUUUUCUCUCUGUUUUUCCUUCUGCAGAUAAAAAGACUCUCCGGGAUAUUCGAUAAGGGAUGUUUCUAAAAAAAAUAACGAAUUGUUGAGAAUAAAAUUGAUUGUGCGAGUAAAAAAGAUCUUAAUUUCAGAUAAAAUCAAUUAUGGCGCGAUGAGAUAAUACGCUAUUUUAACACGUUAUAUGGAAAUUUGUAUAAUUCUCUCACAUACAAAAGUUAUGCAUGGCAGCAGUCUGAAUUCUACGUCGAACGAAAACCAUUCGUAUGAAUAAAUCCAUAUGAAUUUUCGCAAACGUGAUUUUACAUACUCAGCUAUAACCGAGCAAUAUGAAUUAAACCGAACUAUUUUUACGCCCCCAAUCGACGCUCAUCGAUCCCAACGAUCAUCUCCGCUAAAUCGAUACAUGGCAAGAGAAGAGAAAGAAAAAGGAGAAUCAAUAUUUCAAAGCGUGCCUGCGAUGCGAAUUUUAUUCAUAAUUACCGACGAGCAUUUCGAACUAGCUGUUAUUGGUUUUCAUUGUUUCAAACCAGUUUCCCAACGACUAAUAAAAUUUCAUUGAAGUCACAGUACGGGUAUUAAAAAGUUUCGAGAUUGGAUGAAAUGACGAAAUUGUAGGGGUAAUCGUUACUGCACCGCUACCCUCCGAAACACAUGGAGCUUUGCAUACGAUACUCGCUCGUGAUUCUUGCGCUCGUGAUGGUUGUGCAUCGUGCAACAACUUAACCCACCCCCUUCCCGAUUCUAUACGUAAAGCGGGAGCAGCAGCAGCAGCAGCAGCAGCAGCAGCACAGUAGCAGCAGCUCAGGGAAUUACGAGCGUGGAAAACAUAUAGGAGAGUGCAUGCGGAGUGUAGUAUAAACUAUGAGGUAUAGUACGACGCCGCGACGGGGUGAAGCGAGGGAUAAAAGGGGAAAAUGUAUAUCGGGGGGGAGGGGUGAGAAUAUAGGGGUAAGUCAGGGUUUUAGGGUGCUUCUAUCGCGCACCCCGACUACGCAGAUACCGUCUAUAUACUUGGUUCAAUGACCACCGCCCUAUUCCCAGCUAGGGGUCUUCCAGCCCCCCGACAAUUUACGGGAAUUCCCGAGUCUUCACGAGUAGCAAAAAAGGGGAGCUGUUCCAGGCUGGCAAAUAGUUCUGUCAAGUCCAGGGGUAGAAGCUGACGGCCCCGCUUGUCUGCUCCUUCUUUCGCUAGUUUAAUUUCUUUCAUUUUAGUUAAGUUCUGUUCAACAUUGAUUGAUUGAUAUAUUAAUGAUUGAUUCAUUCGAUUCGAUUGAUUUGUUCAUUACAAAUUGAUUAUACACAUCGCCGAUGAGCGAAAUAUUUAUACCGCGAUAUAUACCAUAUAUAUAAAAUUAUAUAUAUAUAUAUAUCUAUAUCAUAGCGUGUACAAUAUUCUUCGUUCGAGUUGAUUGAGAACAAAUAA